UUAGGUAAAAACGGUAUAAAGUGGAUGUUUCCUUUGAAAUUUCUCAGUAAUGAUCAGAAUUCCCCCACGCGCCACUUAUGCCUUUACAUGGGACUGCAGGAUAAUCUGCUGUUCUCUCUUCAGCCAUCGAGGAAUUACAGGUCAUAAUAACAAUAUCAGCUCUGCUACAUCUGUGCGCACACAGUAUAGGGAAGAAACCACAAGAACGUUACACGAGUUCCCCCCCCGCGCACAAAUAUAACUCCAGGAAACAGCAGCUCCUUAUGAUAAGACGUGCGAGAACCGCGACAAAGAAGACAGAACAGCGGUGGACACUAAGGAGACGGAUGCCUGUGCGAGGUCACCAUCUCUCCUCAGGUUCAUCAUGAAUUUCCUCCAUCACUUUGGCUUCCUCGGUCUCAUUGUAGUCGGCCAUGUCUUUUCCCAGCCGUCUUGUUCCACAGAGAAGAAUCUCAGUAAAGGCAAGGAGGAAACGUCUUGCAUAUCUCUUGGCUUGUCCACUCUCCCGCUAGGUGACAUUUCUAUGAGCACCGCCAUCCUCAUCCUGUCCUAUAACAACUUCAAGUCGCUCUCCACCUCCACCUUCAAGUCCUUCAAGCAGCUGACAGAGCUGGAGGUCAAUAACAAUGGGAUGAGCAGCUUUGACAUAGACAUACCGCUGAUGUUAGAAGAACUUAAUCUGGCCAACAAUUCACUCACCACGCUACCAAAGGUGUCUCAGCUAUCGGGGCUGACUACAUUACAACUCUCCAAUAACAUGAUCUCCACCAUUCCCCCAGAUGCCUUUAUGGGACUGAAGAAACUGACUAGGCUGGAGCUCCAACACAACUCUAUCAGCUCACUGAGUGAUGAGGUAUUUGAUGGCUUGCAUAAGGUGAAGCACUUGGACUUGUCCUAUAACCAGUUGCGGUUUCUUCCCAAUAAUCUUCUUAGCCAAACUAUUGACCUAGAAAUUCUUUACCUGUCGGGGAACCGCCUCACUGAAAUACCUGAUCACUUCUUUGGUGAACUGGAAUUGAAUUACGUGUAUCUGGAGAAUAAUCCCUGGAACUGUAACUGCGCUCUCAGGUACUUCAAGGAAUGGUUGGAGGAGGAUGAAGACAGGAUUUAUGAAAACUCCAAAGAAGGCCCGACCAAAAAUCAGAAGAGCGUAUUGUGCGAAGGUAAGAUACCGCUGGUCGAAUACAGCAUGGACUACUGCUUUAAAAAGAAAGGAGACGGGGAGAUCAACUUAGUUCCUAAAUUGACAAAAAAGACUGCAGUGACCAUAAAGGCGGUACACACUGAGCCAAUGACCACACCACUACGGACAACCACACCACUGCUAACCACCGCGACUGAAGAACCAACAACACAGCUAAGAACCACAAAAUGGUGGCCAACCUUAAAGCCCACCACGUUGGCAACCUCAACACCAACUACACAAGCAACCACGUUACCAACCUCAACACCAACUACACAAGCAACCACCACAUUACCAACCUCAACACCAACUACACGAGCAACCACCAGUUUACCAACCUCAAUGCCAACUACACAAGCAACUACCAGAAAGACAUUGCCUUUGAAGAAAAGUCCAAGAAGUACGGUAUGGCCAACCACAACACCUUAUCCAACACUGAUGACAAUCACCACCAAGGAGCCAGCCACAAAUAUUAUAAGUUCAAGCAAAACCCCCACCAGUGAAGCAAAAGUGAAAGAGUCUACAAUGAGUCCCACAGAUGAGCCCAACGAAAUCCCGGUCAACACCAUGCUGCCAGCCAUAGGUUCCCACUCAGGCAGAUUUACCAUGAAGUGGCUGGAGAAGUUUAUCCUCGACAACUGUUGUCUUUUACACCUGAUCAUCUAUGGUUUGUGUAUCUUCCUCCUCCUAGUGGGGAUGAUCAUCAUGACGGGGUGUCUGCUGUGGAUCUACUGCUGUAACCAUGACCUUCUCCAAUGGCUCCCUGGGAUACGCUUGAUUCGGUACAGUUUGAAGGUGCCCAUGAGCGACGAAGAUGUCCUACUUGUGAACAAUGGUGCCAUCGAAUCCCACUUCAGAGACCAGUCUUUGGCUGGUGUCACCAAGAUGUUGGUUCUAGAGUCUUUUAGCCAAAAGCAGGAGAUAAUAUACACAUCUGCUAUUCUGUAAUACUAUUGGUGGCCUUGAGGACUGGGAUGCGGACCUCUGAUAUAGUAUAUACUGCACUUAAAGGGGUACUCCCGUGCCCCAGCCUUCUGAACAUCUGGUUCAGAAGGUUUGGAGCAGCAGUCACGACGUCAUGGCCACGUCUCCUCGUGACGUCACGCCAUGCCCCCUCCAUUGAUGUCUAUGGGAGGGGGCGUGACAUCAAUGGAGGGGGCGUGGUGUGACGUCACAAGGGGGCGUGGCCGUAAAGCCUUACUGCUGCUCCAAGCCUUCUGAACCGUAUGUUCAGGAGUACCCCUUUAAUGUCUGAAAGUAGAUUGUUAUAUAAAAUGCAGAAUAAAAUAAAUGGUGACUAGGAGGGGGCUCCUCUGCCCAUUGGUUGCAAUAUAACAUCUGUAGGGCAGCACCGUAACACCAUAGCAGUAAGCUGCAGAGCACAUGUGGUCCACCAUGUCCAAUACCUAUGGUGCUUCCUGCUGGGAGAGGAGGCAAUGAGCGGCUCCAUCCAGUGUUAGGACAGAGAACCUGAAAGAUGGAACCAAGAAAAAGCUACUAAAAUAAGAAGGAAUAUUAUAUUACCCAUUAUUAUGGAGCCCCUCUCUCCACUAUCCACCCUUCAAUUUCCCAGUCUGCCCUUCUCAUCCUUAGUUUAAAAGAGUAUUCUGCCAUAAAAAAAAAAGUACUCAAAUGAAACUAUUACCUUAAGAUAUAUAUAUAUAUAUAUAUACAACUUAUAUAUAUACAAUAUAUAUAUAUAUAUAUAUAUAUACAGCUUGAGAAAGGCUCUAUUGUUGAGCUGAAACGUUGCUGUAUUUUUGAGAUGUGGUGAAUAAAUACACAAAU